CUCUUCUCUGGAACUCCCCUCUGCGGGAGACUACAUGCCCAUCCGCUCAGUCCCAUGAGAGCCAGAGAACACACGUCCAGUCGGUCUGCGGGAGGCUCGAACCGCAUCACUCUCUCCGGGAUUCAGACGGCGGGAACCAUGUGGAAAUUUUUCUACCUGUUCGGUGGCUUUCUCGCUCUCGGCCAAUCAGAUCUCACCUGUGAGGUCACUCAGACCCCGAAUGGGACGCUUUACCUCCUCCAGAAUGUCUCAGCUUCUGACUGCACUCAUAACUGGAGCACCGGGUCCACGGUGGUGAGCACCAACAAGGAAAAGAAUGAUGAGGUGGUUAUAGCAUCCAGCAUCAAUGCUCUCCUCACAAAAACCUGCUAUGAGCAUGUGACCCACUACCGCAGCUGCAUCUCCAAGAAGGAACCAAUGACUGCCACAUGCAACACCUCCUGCCCUGCAGCUCUGCAGACCAUCCGUCCAUCUUCUUCUGCUAAUCUGGGUCAGAGGGACGACACUCCAAAGCCCAAUGGAACUCCUCACGGUCACUUUGGGGUUCCUGUGUCCGUCGGCCUGCUGCUGAUUGUUGUAGUCGCUGCUUUUGUCUACAGAAAAACAAAGAAAGACAACUCAGAAGUACUUCCCCGUUAGGACUCACCUCUGAUGAUAUGAAGUCAUUCAGCAGCUGCGGUGAAUGGAAGAACUCGAUUGGGCCUUAGCCUCACUUUUAUUAGAAUAAGCCUUUUAAAUGAGCUUCGCAGCCACUGAGUUAAACUUGCAGGAAUGAAAACCUGCGUAGGAAAUGAACAUUUUAAAGCUUUAAACCUUUCAUAAAGUCAGUUUAUUUGGUUCUUGUUGCUGGUGUGCAGACGGAUGUCGCCUCAUGUGAACUGGCGCUCAGAUAGUCUCGCUGUGGAAGCAGACUCUUUGCAGCACCAGUGAGUGCUCGUUGAAGGCCAUGCAGAAAAGCAGUUUAACUAAAAUAUAUGUAAACUGGCAUCAUUUAAUAUUUGUAUAAGCAUAUCUCUCUAUUCAAUAGAAAAUGUACGAGUACUCGUUAUAUGUGUAGUAUUAUGUGUGCGCUGACAUUCUAAGAUGUUCUAAUGGCUGGAAGGUUUUCCAUUGAAGGAUAAUGACGGUGAAUUUUACAUAUAUGAGGAAUUCCUCUAUUUUAUUAUAAUAUAAUUAAUUAUUAUUAUUAUUAUUAUUAGAUACAUUUUAUUACUAUUUUUUUUCUCGGUUCCGGGUCACAAAUUGUAUUUUUUUUAUUAGA